UGGCGUGAUGAAAACACGCCUGCACAUCUGCCAUACCUCGGUUACCCCGUCCCGAUCUGUCAAGGCCAAGUGAAUCUCUUUUUCAACGCCUGCCUAGAAAAAAUCAAGAAAAUUCUUUUUCUGCAGGGACGACGCUCCCUCUCUGUUCUGGGUCGAAGCACGAUCCUUAAUGCUCUAGUCCUCUCCAAACUCUGGCACGCUCUCUGGGUGGUAUCGCCUUCCCCAGCGUUCAUGACUGCACUCCGAAAAGAAAUCCGUAACUUC